GUGUAAAGGAGCUGAAAGCAGAAAGUGGUGCGAAGGGUUUAAUACAGGAGCAUGACACGAACUCGGCACAAGAAGAGUACAUGGACGAUGUCGAGGGAUAUGGUGAAGAGUUAGAAGCGAAUGUGUAUGACGAUGAUUACUUAUCGUCCGAAGGCGAAAAUGUAGCGGAUGUGACGAUAGACUUACUAGAGGAUGAGGAAUUCCCAGAUCUGCUGUUAGAUCAGGAAGAGAUGUCGCAUCAUGCAUUGGCUACAAGCAGUUACGACCACGAGCUUGAAGAUCCAACCUCAAGGCAUAGCGGACAGACAGAACUUAAUCAGAGCCAUCUUCAACAACAGCGGUUCUUUCAACAGCAACAGCCACAAUCCUCAGAAGGCGAGCGAUCUCGUGAAUCAAUCUCAAAAUCUUUGCGUGAGAGGGAACGUGAUGCGCAACAGCCACAGAUUGUAAAGACCCGCAAAUCGGAAGCCUUUAGUAGGCUACCUAUGCCAAGGAGUUCUCAGUCGUCAGGAUCUGCGUCUGGCAUUCCGACACUACAACAUCGCCAUUCACAAUCCAGCCACUCCAGUCGUAAUAAUACCAACAAUACCUCUCCGCAAUUGGGGAAUAAAUCUCGCGAAGUAAAGUCAAGUCCGUCUGACGUUGUCAUGAGCCCUGGAGUCCCAAAUGAUUAUGUCAGCCAGAAGGGAAGUGGUCAUACUGUCAGUUCAGGAAUGGCCUCUUCUUCUCCAAAUCCUAUUAAGCACUCUCCGAUCAACACUAAGCUUGGGUAUCAGUCAUCUAUGCCAUCCAACAAUGGACCUAUGAGUUCAAUAACUGGUAAUAAUGACCUUAACAACUAUAUCAUGGCCUCGCCUACUUCUCCCAAAAUUACGGCGCCAUCGAUUGUAAACGGCAAUGGGAAUGCUGAUCGAGACUGGACGGUUGCGGAGAUGAAUGACUUUCUGAUUGAACAUCGUAAUCAGCUACGGGAGUGUGGCGACCUUACGAAGCGAGAGACUAAGCUGUUGGCAAAUGUUACCUUAGGGAUGUCGUCACCAGCUCAUGCUCAGAGCACAGGGUAUUCAGUCAACAAGGAGUCGUUCAUGAAAUACAUCAGUGAACUGGACGAAAUUGUAGACGAAAAGCUGAUUACAAUUGUAGCCAUGUCACAUAAAUUAAAAGCAUUGCGCGGGCAUACGUGAGUUUAAUGCAGGUAAUAUGCAAGGCAAAAUGGUUUUGUAUUACCAAAUCAUAAAUCCUAUAAAACAAUAAAACGUAAUAAAAAUUGAC